AUGUCACACCAAACUGGAAUUAAUGCAACAUCUGAGCUGAAAGAGUUUCUGGCCCGAGCGAGGGGAGGUGCCAUCAGAAUAAUGAAGAUUGUCAUCAGAAAUGAGGAGUUGGUGCUCGAUUCAUACAGGGAGCCUGCACACAGCUGGGACAAAGACUAUGAUCACUCCCUGCUUCCUCUGCUCACGCCUCAGGAGCCGUGCUACAUCCUCUAUCGUCUGGAUUCCCAGAAUGCACAGGGAUACGAGUGGAUCUUCAUCGCCUGGUCACCUGACCAAUCACCAGUGAGGCAAAAGAUGAUGUACGCAGCAACUCGUGCCACACUGAAGAAAGAGUUUGGGGGAGGUCAUAUUAAAGACGAAAUGUUCGGCACAGUCGAGGAGGACCUGUGCUUCCAGGGUUACCUGCGACACAUGUCCUCCUGCUCCUCUCCGGCUCCUCUCACAGCAGCCGAGCAGGAAUUACAACGAAUUAAAGUCACGGAGGUUACAAUGGAGUUUGGCUUAGACAAAAGGGCACAGACUCUUCAGGGUCUUGCAUUCCCGUUACAAGAAGAGGCCAAACAAGCUCUGCAGCAACUCAAGCAGAAACGCAUCAACUACAUACAGCUGAGGCUGGAUGUAGAGAAAGAGACCAUUGAGCUGGUUCACACCAAACCUACAGCGACCCACGAGCUUCCCUACAGGAUCCCCACAGACACACCCAGAUACCACUUCUUCAUCUUCAGACAUUCCCACCAGGGCCAGCUGCAGGAGGCGCUGGUGUUCAUUUAUUCGAUGCCUGGGUACACCUGUAGUAUCAAGGAAAGGAUGUUGUACUCCAGCUGUAAGAACAGGCUACUGGAUGAGGUGGAGAGAGACUACCAGCUGGAGGUCACCAAAAAGAUGGAGAUAGACAGCGGUGAUGGCCUGACAGAAGACUUCCUGUACGAGGAGGUCCACCCGAUGGAGCACACCUUAAAGCAGGCCUUUGCCAAGCCGCGUGGACCAGGAGGCAAGAGGGGCAACAAACGCCUCAUCAAGGGUGCGGGGGAGAACGGGGAAGAAAGUUAGACACUAUACACACACAUGUUCAAGCACACAAGCAAACCCACCCGAUAUCUAUGAAUUGACUUGUUAUUUGACUGUUUAGCUUCUAGCCACUCCUUCUUUAUUUUUACUCAAGAUCAUAUAUUUCACUCUGAAGAUAAAGAAAAACUAGAUCCAUCAUAAAGCAGAAUUCAUUCAUAUGUUAUCCUGUGGUGAUAUAAAUGGGACCAUUUUAAAGUGAUAGCCGAGAUACUAAAUUCUCAUCAAAAUACCGUCCACACUGAGUUAGAAUUGAACACAGUUGAUGGCUGAUUGAUAUAUUUCAGUUCAUCAAAAAUAAAACUAAAUAUCAGUCCACAUGAAAAAGUGUCAAUACUUUGAGGGAUAAAAAUCUACAGUCUUGUUUAUCUUCUUAAACCCAUUCGAUCCAACAGUGUAUCAGUCAUUUCAAACUCCUGCUGUGCAGCCAAACUUUGUUCAGAUCCACAGAAGUUUGUUUUAAAUUCUGGUUUUGAUCCAACUGUUUCCAAAGAUACUAAAUAUGUCAGGUGGAAUUUGAGAAAACUGUGUAUAAAAGGAUGCACACAAAAUCUUGAACAUGUCUAUUUGACGUAAUGGCACACCCAUAAAAACAUGGAGUCUUAGAUUUGACAGUGUCAGUCUGUGAACAUUAAUAAGGCUUCAAUAAAAGAAUUUGAACAAGCUGAUACAUUAUAUCUACGACGAUGACGAUGGUGAUGAUGCUUUUUAUUUUCUGAAUUUACUUACAUUUGCCAAUUUCAUUCAAAGUUGACGACAAUAUUUCCCAUCUGAGUUGUCCCUCCUGUCUCUGCUCUCCACUUUGGGAAUUAGUUACUUGCUUCAUUGAUCUUUAAUAUUGAUUCAGUUAUUCAAGAUCAUUUGGAAUGACAAUGAAAUUUCUAUUUUAGGGUGGAUUAUCCUUUAUACUGCAUAGGUACAGGCCUAUGCUGUGCCUGUGGUUCACUCUUUACCACAUGUAAAUUCAUCCUCCCCGUCACUUGCCUUCUCCAGUCACACAAUCGAGGUUUGACUACAUUCAGGUGAAGGCUGUUGUUUUACAUGGACACCUACAAUAAAAUAUUUUCUUUA